CGCAGAACAGGGAGUCCUUGGCUUUUCAGUCUUGCUGUAGGUUACCCAGAAGGGAAGGGACGUACAGUGAAAAUGCAGAGUUGGAAUCGGUUAUAUCGCACUUUAGCAAAGCGUGCCCACCAUCUCCCAAGUAGGCUCCAAGGGAUCACAGCUUUGUCCCUGAGAACAUAUACUGAUAAAGCACAAAUUGAUGCUGAUGUCACUGUAAUUGGAUCAGGACCUGGAGGAUAUGUGGCUGCUAUUAAAGCAGCACAACUUGGUUUUAAGACAGUAUGUGUGGAGAAGAAUGAAACUCUUGGAGGAACAUGUUUAAAUGUUGGCUGUAUCCCUUCAAAGGCUUUGCUAAACAACUCUUAUCUGUACCACAUGGCACAUGGAAAAGAUUUUGCAAGCAGAGGCAUUGAUAUAACAGGAAUCCAGCUCAAUCUGGAGAAAAUGAUGGAACAAAAGAGUGGAGCUGUCAAAUCUUUGACAGGUGGCAUUGCUCAUCUGUUUAAACAGAAUAAGGUCUCACAUGUGAAUGGAUUUGGCAAGAUCACAGGCAAGAACCAGGUUACUGCUACAGUCAGUGAUGGCAGUGAACAAGUUAUCAACACCAAGAACAUCUUGAUAGCAACUGGCUCCGAGGUCACACCUUUCCCUGGAAUUGAGAUUGAUGAAGAAACUAUUGUCUCUUCAACUGGUGCCCUGUCUUUGAAGAAAGUGCCUGAAACGCUAAUUGUGAUUGGUGCUGGAGUUAUUGGUGUAGAACUGGGUUCAGUGUGGCAGCGGCUGGGCUCACAGGUGACAGCUGUUGAGUUCUUGGGCCAUGUUGGUGGAAUAGGCAUCGACAUGGAAAUCUCUAAGAACUUUCAACGCAUUCUUCAGAAACAAGGCCUUAAAUUUAAACUGGGGACAAAGGUCACUUCAGCCGCAAGGAGAGCGGAUGGACAGAUUGAUGUGUCAGUUGAAGCAGCUGCAGGUGGAAAGAAUGAAGUCCUCACUUGUGAUGUUUUGCUGGUCUGUAUUGGUCGCCGUCCUUAUACACAGAAUCUCGGCUUGGAGAAUGUGGGAAUUGAGCUGGACAACCGGGGCAGAAUCCCAAUCAACAACAGAUUCCAAACAAAAGUUCCAAGCAUAUAUGCCAUUGGAGAUGUAGUAGCUGGACCCAUGCUUGCUCAUAAAGCUGAGGAUGAAGGCAUCAUCUGUGUGGAGGGAAUGGCUGGGGGAGCUGUUCACAUUGACUACAACUGUGUGCCAUCUGUCAUUUACACUCACCCAGAGGUUGGCUGGGUAGGAAAAUCUGAGGAGCAGCUCAAAGAGGAGGGUGUCCCAUAUAAAGUGGGAAAGUUUCCAUUUGCUGCAAAUAGCCGGGCAAAAACGAAUGCCGAUACAGAUGGUUUGGUAAAGAUCUUGAGUCACAAAGAUACUGACAGGAUGUUGGGAGCACACAUUCUGGGAUCGGGUGCAGGAGAAAUGAUCAACGAAGCUACUCUAGCAAUGGAAUAUGGAGCAUCUUGUGAAGAUGUGGCCAGAGUGUGCCAUGCUCAUCCAACUGUCUCAGAAGCCUUCAGAGAAGCCAAUUUGGCAGCCUCUUUUGGAAAAGCCAUUAACUUCUAAGUUGAAGCAUCAUUUGCACAAAAUGCAAAUGCAUUCUGAACUGUUCACUGGCACUUCAUGUGUACUGGUCCUCUGGAUUAAAAGGAUUUUGGAGAGUUAAGGUGUAAUCUGUACCACAAUGAAUCUGUCAUUUACAGCAUACUCUUAAUAAAGGGGGAUUGGGCUAUGAACCUGGAACCGUUUUAGAAUAUUA